AAGUGUGUUAGUGAGGAACGUACAUUACAUUUCAUUGUAUGUCACAGUACUAAGGACCUUAGAAAGCAAAGAACUACAGGAUUGAAAAGCAGUUCAGUCAUAGAGCUUUAAGGCCUAUGUGUUUCUUUCACCUGAUGCCUGCAUCACUAAUUUGAUCACUGAUGAGUAACAGUGUUAAGCAAAAAAAAAAACCACUGAUCAAAAUGGGUGACACUACAGGGUUGUCAAAUGGAGAAGCUAAGCAAUAUUGCAAAGAACCAGAUUCAUCAACAAAGGAUUUUAUUUUCCAACAAACAAUGUAUCGUAUUAAAGACCCAAGGCGCUCAUUAGAAUUCUACACGAAUGUUAUGGGCAUGCGAUUGCUUCAGAAGUUAGAUUUCCCGGAAAUGAAGUUUUCAUUGUAUUUUAUGGGUUACGAAAAACAGGAAGACAUACCAGCAGAUUUACAGCAACAGACGAAGUGGACAUUUUCCAGAAAAGCAACAUUGGAAUUAACACAUAAUUGGGGAACUGAAAGUGAUCCUGAUUGCAAGUAUCACAAUGGAAAUGCAGAACCAAGAGGCUAUGGUCAUAUUGGUGUGAUGGUACCAGAUGUGGACAAAGCUUGUGAGAGAUUUGAGAAGCUUGGAGUUGAGUUUGUUAAGAAACCAAAUGAUGGAAAAAUGAAAGGAAUUGCUUUUAUUAAGGAUCCUGAUGGCUACUGGAUUGAGAUACUGAACUGUAACAACAUGGCAAGUUUAGUGGCAGCCUCAGGAGUGUAAUUUCUGUGCCAUGCCAGUGUCAUAUGAUUUAUAUUUUUGUGCACAUAAAGUCUGUAUAUUGUAACAUUUUUUUGAGAAAAUAAAGCAUCUUACAUUAUUA